AUGACAACUAAUCGUAUAAAAUAUUUAUGGAAAAAAAAUUUUCAUAUACAUCAUAUGAAUGAUUGUGAUGAUUUAAAUUUUUACUAUAAAAAAUUUUUAAAUAAAUUAAGUAAAUUAUGUUUAAAAGUUUUUCUUCCAUUAUUAUCAUUAAUCUAUCUUUUUACCUUAUUUCUGUGUCGUUUAUUUUUAUCAACUCAAACGUAUGAUAUUCGAACAAUAUGUUUAUUAGUAUUAAUAUUUUUAAGUUUCAUUUUAUUAAUACUGAUACGUUUACAUAAAAAAGGAAAAAAACUAUGGGCUUUAACACGGCUUUUAAUAAUUGUUCUGUUAGUUGUUCCAUUAGUAAUAUCUUAUCAAACAGAACAAUUUCAUAUAUUAUUAUCAAGUAUUUCCAUUAUACUUAUCUAUGCAUUAUUAACAUUUACUUUACUUCAAUCAUUAUUGAUUUCAAUAAGUAUUUCAAUUUUACAUAUUAGUCUUUUAUUAAACGAUCGCGUAAAUCAAAUUCAAUGGAAAAGUUUAGAAUUUUUGUCUAUUAUAAUUUAUCAUAUUAUUAUUAAUAUAUUCGGUUUAUAUUCGUAUAUUCGAUCAAUAAAACAUAUCCGUCAACACUUUUAUGCAUACAAAAAAAACCUAUUAGAAAAAAAUAAAUAUAAUGUUGAUUGUAAAAAGUUACACACUAUUAUUGGACAUUGUCAACAAACGCCAACUAUCUCAAAUAUAAAUUUUCGAUCAAAAUUUGGCACAGUCAUCAAUUGCUCUAUAUCAUUAAAUGAACAAACACGUACUCAUACAUGUGAUGAAUUAGCAUCAUUAAUCGAUGUACUCUAUUGUCAAAUUGAACAAUUAAUAAUAACAAGUCAACCUACUGCACAUUUUAUAUUUGAUAAUGAAACAAUAGUUAUUACAUUAUUAAAUGAAACUAAUAAUGAACAAUUUAAUAUUGAUAAUAGUUGUCGUUUAGCGGUAGAAUUAUUUCGUUUUAUUCAACAUGUUAAUAAUAUAACUCAAUGGAAUUUACGAUUAAAUAUUGGCAUUGAUUAUAAUCAAAUAAAUAUUUUAUCAUCACAAUAUAUUGAAGGUUUAGCAUAUGAUUAUUCACGAUGGUUACGCGAAGAAUGUCUUAUUCAUAAUCGUAUACAUGUAUCAUCCAGAAUCUAUGAAAUUUUAAAAGAAAAUCAAUUUUAUAAAUUUUCAUUAAUAACAAAUCAUUCGACAUAUUUACUUUCAAAUGAAAAUAUAUAUGAAAUCUAUAAUAAUGCUGCUGUAUCAAUAAACAUGUCGGAUAUGAUUGAUCAAUUAACACGCAUUCAAGUUGAUUAUUAUGUUAAAAAACAUUUAGAUACAAAAACAUUAAUUUAUUCAUUAAGAAAACUAAGUUUAUUUGAUUUAACAUCAAAAUUUCUACAUUGGUUUAGUUUAAAUUUUAAAGAACAAUAUUUAACUAAUGAUUUUCAAAUAAUACAUCGUACUAAUCGUCCGAAUUCUUUUAUUUAUAUUUUUAUACUGUUGAUUUUAAUUGGAUCAUUAUUACAAUCAUUUGUUAUCGAUUAUUCAAAUAUGUAUUAUUUGAUUUUAUUUCCAAUAGCUAUUCUUGGGCUUGUUUUAUGCAUAAUUAUAUUUUAUUGUUCGAUACAUAUGAAUGAUAGAGAUAAAGAUAAAAAAUUUUAUGUUUAUUUAAACAUUCUUAUUUGCAUAACAUUAACGAUAUUAGUUUUUGUUGCAAUACAAUAUCAUUCAAUACAAAAUUUUAAAUAUUUGUUCAUUUCAACUCAAUCAAAUAAUGAAACAGUUACAACAAUGUUGAACAAUUUAUCCAUUGAUUUCAUCAAUUCAACAGUUCCUCAACCAUUAUUUUCUCGUCAAUUUCAUGAAUAUCUUGUUCUAUCACCUAUAUAUCCACUUUAUUUCUGUACUUUAUUUCGUCAAUGUUCAUGGUUAAUAAAAACUUUGUUUAUUAUUAUUUGUUCAAUUUUACAAUUAUACAUGUUAGAAUACAUUUGGCUGACCACAAAUACAUAUUUUUCAUCUAUAAAUGCUUUACAUCAUUACACAGCAUUUACUUUGAUUAUAUUUCAUAAUUUUCUUUUAAUAAUUUUAUCGUACAUACAUGAAUGGUUGGAAAAAAUUGAUUUUAUUUGGUUUAAACAAAUUGAUAAUGAACGUUUGAUAAUAAUUCGACAACGAAAUCAACUUAUUAAACAAACAUCUUUCAUAUUACCAUUACGUGUUAUUAAUUAUUAUUUAGAUACAAAUUCAAAUUUAUCAUUGUCUCAACAUUAUCAUUAUAAAUAUGAUCAAAUGGGUUUAUUAUAUGUUCGUUUCGAUUUAAUAAAUAAUAAAGAUGAAUAUUCAUUAAUUAGUUUUAUUAAUAAUAUUGAAUACACAUUAAAAAAUAAUGAUAAAUACGCAAAUAUGGUUAUGCAUAAAAAAUCAACACCAAAAGAAAUUAUAUUUUCAAUGGAUUUAAAAAACUCAUUAAAAUCAAUUCAAGAAUUAGCUGAAUUUUUAUUUCAAAUCAAUGAACAUCAGAAAUCUUUUGAAAUCAAUCUUACGGCUUGUUUACAUGUUGGUUCUAUCAAUGAAAUUUUGAUACAUUUUGAAAAGUUUUUAAAAGUUGAUAUUUGGAGUGAACAUAUAUCAUUUAUUCAAUUACUUAUGUCAAAAGUACAAAACAAUCAUUGUUUAGUUACAUCAUCAGUAUAUAAUUUAUUAAAUGAUCUAUAUUUAUUUCGAAUAGCUGGAUCAAUUAUAAAUACAUCUAUGAAUAUUGAAAAUAACACCAGUAUUUAUUUUUUACUUGGACGCCUUAUUGGAGAUAAUAUCUUUCAAGGUCGAAAUGCUCUUCCAUUGACAAUUAAUCAAUCAAAUAAUGAUACUAUUCCAAAAUCGUCUAGUGUAGAUGGUUCUCAAGUUUUCCAAUAUCCAUAUAAACAUAGUUCUCACAAUGAUAAAAAUCCAUCCACAACAACAACAACAACAACAACAACUACAUCAUCAUCGGGUAUUCUUAAUGAUCAAAAAUGUCUUCUGAAACAAUCGUCGCAAAAACAUAAUCGAACAUCGCAUGCCAAUUCCAGUCAGUCAUCCUAUCGUCAUACACUGUUACACUCAUUGGACCCCACUACAACUAGUUUAAAACCAAUGAAUCCGAUAAAAAAACUUUCGAAAUUAAUUCAUUCAAAUGAAAAUGCUUGUUGGCCAUCGAAAGAAGUAACGACGGAUGCCAAUAAAUAUUUAGUACUCACACAAAAUCUAUUCAAUAAAUCAGCAGAUGAUAACAAUCGUUGCAAAUCAAGCCCGCCGUUAUUAAAUCGUCCAGUUUCCUCUGAACAAAAUAUUUCCAUAGAAGACCAAUUUAAUCAAUUAUUACAAGAGCAAUCAUCAAAAGAUAUAAUUAAUCUAUCUCAUAGUCUAUCAACAACAAAUGAAGAAACAACAUCAUCGUUUUCCGGAUGGGAUGAUCCAUCUUGUUCACUCUUGCCAGCAAAUAAUGAAAUACAACAGGAAGUGAUUAAACCGGCAUCAUCACCACCCAUAAUUGAUUGUUACUAUCCAUCACAUCCAUCUGAUUUAUCAUUCAUUGUCAAUAUGACAAUAACAGAUCCUAUAGCCCCUACUGCAACAGUAACUUCACAACAACCACAACAACAACAAGAAAUACUUAAACUUCGAACAAAAAAAUUCAAUUUAGCACACAAGCUCAUUGCUGAAACGUCUGAAAGUGAAAUUUCUAUUCAACAUGAACCAUGGACACAAAAUAUUGUUUAUCAAUCAAGACAUCACCAACGUACAGGUCUCUCAGCAAGUUAUAAUAACUUAUCAAAAUUUCAUUCAAAAGAUUCAGAAUCCUCAUCAAUAUGCCAACUAAACUUUUUACAAAACUGGCUUGAAGAUCAAUUAAGCCAAUUUCGUGUUCGAACUAAGACAUCCAGAAAACCUAAUCGAUUUUCUGCAAUUGAAAAUGAUUCUACAGAUGAUGAUUCAGAUAAAAUACAAGAUAAUACAUAUCCUAUUUUAAAAACAAAAUCAACUAAACAGUCUUGCAAUUAUACUCGAUAUAAACAAAUUCGAAAAAAUGAACAACUUAUUCGACAUGAAUCACUUAAACAUAGAAAUAAACCACUUUCAUUUGAAAAUAACAAUGCUAAAAAACUUUCAAAACGAGCUGACUCAUCAUCACUACCUCAUUCAGAUCUUAGCGAUGUAUCAUCAUCUCGCCCUGAUAAUUUAUCCAAGGGUAUUUUAUCAAGUUUUGAAUCUGAUUAUGAUAAUAUGGGUACAGAAGAGUUGAAUUCCAAUCCAACAACAACAACCAUUAUGAAUAAUUCAGAAAUGGUAACCGAGGAUGAUGACAGUGAUGAUCAAACAACUUUAGCAACAGCAAUAAAUCGACGUUACUUGUAA